UAUAACAAACAACAGAUUACAUUGCACGCAUGGCACCGUCUGCACCCACAUAACUGAUGAUACGCCGGCAAUCGGGUAACCACAAAUUGCGAGCUGUAACAUCGCGCGCAUUACCUUACCCGAUUGUUAUCUCAAUUUCUGGCGUUGUGCAAUCGACAAACAAUAGCCGGACAGUAACAUUACGCCUCCAUCGUUCACCGGCGCUGCAUUGUUAAGCGUAACCAAUUACGUUAAUUUUCCAGAAUUCUAUCAGCGAUAUCUCAUCCUGAUGUUAACGCAUGAAUUCUAACGAGCGCGACACUUCACGUCGCACGCGCCCGUCCGUUAAUUCCUUUAAUCCUUUUAUCAAACAUGACGCUAAUAUUCGUUUAUAUUAGACGAAAGCCGCCCAAUCGGAAAGGGGAAAUGCAUGCUCGGUCGGCUCAUUCUUGCAUAAUAUUCUACUGUUAGUGAAUGUAUUUUGUUCUUGGUACAAAUAUUUCAAUAGAGCGAGAACCUGCAAAAAUCCCGUCUCCGAUCGUGUUUUGCGUCAAUCUCACUCAAUCCGUCCUCGCUCGUAGAGAUUUCUAUUAUCCGUCUAUCCGCCUGCAUCCAUCGUGUGGAACGUUUGCGAAAUCGAACGCGUUGCCUGCCACCAGUCUCGAUGGAAUUUCUGUCUUUAAACGCCGUCGCGACAAUAUUCUGCGCGAUACUUCAAUGUUCUCUCGGAAGAAAAGUCUCUGCGAUGGUCAAGAGUUUAGUUACGAAGGAAAUCAAGGUCCAGCGUACUGGGGCGAGGAGUAUCACACUUGCGUUGGGAAACACCAAUCGCCCAUUAACAUAGAGGAGCAUAAUGUCCAAAACGUCAGCUUGCCACCGUUGAUAUUGAACGGCAUUGACAAUCCGUGCCACUCGUACGUAAAGAACACCGGUCACACAGUUGUGCUGAAAACCAAAGAGUCCGAAGCAGCUCUGUUAUCCGGAGGACCCUUAGGAGAUAAGAAUGUUUAUGUGUUUGAACAAUUUCAUUUUCAUUGGGGCGAGAAUGAUUACGAAGGAUCCGAAGAUUUAAUUAACAAUCAAUCGUUUCCGAUGGAAAUGCAUGCUGUUUUUUAUAAAGAAACUUACAAAUCAUUUGACGAAUCUCUUAAGCAUGAUGAUGGUCUGGCUAUCUUAGCGUAUUUAUACGAGAUAAGCCCUCAACCAAAUCCGACAUAUGAACCUAUUGUAAGAGCACUAUCCAAAAUAGAAGAGAUGGGAAAGGAAGAAACAUUGCAAGAGCCUUUGCCAUUGGGAAAAUUUCUUGUACCAGAUAUUACAAACAUACAAAACUACUUUACAUACAAGGGUUCGUUAACCACUCCACCUUGCCUUGAAGUCGCAACAUGGAUCGACUUUAAGGAUCAUCAACAAUUAUCACACGACCAGUUGGCUACAUUUCGUGAUUUACGGACUCCCGAAGGCAACAGACUGACUCACAACUUCCGGCCAGUCCAGCCUUUAGAGGAUCGUGUAGUUUUUCAAAAUAUUCCGAAAGAGCAGAGUACACCGAAUACUUUUCACAAUCAUCAUUCUGGUGGGCAUUCAGGACAACGGAGUUACAAAGUGCCAAUUCUAUUCGUCGCAUUAGCAACUCUUGCAGCAAUCUUUCUGUUUGCACUGUGAAGUCGUUGAUAUAAAAUAUUCUAGUCAAAGACUAUGUUUCAAUUGUUAUCAUUUUGAGAGAGAGGGAGAGAGAGAGAGAGAGAAUGACAACAAUGACGAAAAAUUCAUAAUACAGUAAAUAUUAAAAAAAAUAAUUAAAUCUUUAAUUCUAUAUUUCUUGAAAAUUGCAGUGAUUAAUUAAGUGACAUUCAAAAGCGAAUUUUUAUGAUAUUGUCAUCCAGGGUUGGAAAGUUACUUUGUAAAACUGUACUUGUGAAAUGAAAAAACUAAAACUGCAGUUACAGUUACAGUUUUUUCAUUGAAAAAGUAACUAAUUACAGUUACAAGUUAUCAAUUUUAAAAAAUAACUCGUUACAGUUACAGUUACUAAAAAAAUAACGAGUCGUUACUUUUCAGUUACUUUUUUCUUAAAUAAUUGUACAUUAUUUUAAAUAUAAGAAAUAAGAAUCUUACACAUUAUGAUUUACUAACUGUUGCAUAUUAUGUACUUUAACAAGUUAUUUUAUGUACACUAAAUGAGAACUUUGUAAAGAUAAAACUCUAAAUCGUAUAUUACUGUUACCAGAAUUAAAUAAAAUAUAACGAUACAUUG